AUGUCGGCACCUUCGGCCAUCUAUCCUAGCCUGAACGGCAAGACCGUGCUCAUCACCGGCGGUGCGGAGGGUAUCGGAGCCGCCACGGUCGAGCGCUUCGCUCUUCAAGGCUGCCAAGUCAUCUUCCUCGACAUCGCCGGGACCUUGGCGCAGAAAACCAUCCAACAUGUCAUGUCAAUUGCCAGCGAGACCGGUGCCAGCCUUAACACCAUCAAAACACCGGUAUUCUACUUUUGUGACGUUUCCAACUUGGGCCAACUUCAAGCUACAGCCAACGAGAUCCUCGAAACGUACGGAACAGUCCAUGUUCUGAUCAACAACGCGGCACUCACGGGCCACAAGGCGAGACUCAGAACUGAAGAGGUCACGUCCGAGGCGUGGGACAUGAACAUCAACACCAGUCUGAGGCACGUCUUCUUCUUGACGCAGGCCGUCCUUCCCGGCAUGAAACAGGCCGGCGGAGGCAGCAUCGUGAACCUGGGCUCCAUCACGUGGCGCAUUCCUGACCCAGCCGUGCCGGUCUACGGCACCUGCAAAGCCGCGGUGAUGGGCCUCACCCGCGCUCAGAGCAAAGAGGUCGGCCCGCUCAACAUCCGCAUCAACAGCGUCAUGCCGGGCGCCAUUGCCACCCAGAGGCAGAGGGACGAGGUCUUGACACCGGAGUAUCGCGCCGAGGUGAUGCGGUCCCAGAGUCUGCAACGUGAUCUGAUGCCGGAAGACGUGGCAAAGUUGAUUGUUUUUCUGGCCAGCGACGAAGCAAGCGGUAUAACGGGCAGUAGUUAUGUUGUUGAUGGAGGUUGGUGUAGUGACCCUUGA